AUGAAUAAUGAACAACUGAAGUACAUGGUGAAGGGGCAGCCUAACGAGGCUCUUAUAUCAGAUCUUGGCAUCGGUUCACAGUUUCUCAAAGACCUCGAGAGGUCAUUCAACGAGACAUUCACACUAGAUUCCCUACGCGUUUUUUCAAUAUAUGAGACUAGCUUAUCUGCAACGGUUCGGCGGAGUCCAACCGGCAUAUGGGGCAGAACAGGCCCAAAGGUGGAGAUGGUCACCAAGGAGUCUGCAUUAGACUGGUUAGACGAUGACAGAAGACAUACUCGGAUACCAAGAAACGUCGAUCACUCGACACUCGCGAAGUUCACGAGUAAUGCCGAUCAUGAUUAUGAAGUCCUCCGCUGCCAUAUCUUGGAAUGCGUUGAAGAGGCUGUAGAAGAAAUGUCAAAAAGACUUUCAGAAGUUAAUGAUAUUUUUGCCGAUUGUUAUUACGAUGGUAUACCUACUGGCCCUUUGGUGCUAGGAUAUCAUAUUGCCGAGCUCUCAAACACCUGCGCCUCCGGUAUCAGCUCUGAUGUUGCUAGCCUUGCAAGCCUUAUUUGCCUUAGAUUGGUUGUUGACUCGCUCAGGAGCAGUCAAUGUGAAGUUUCAAUAUUUCAGAAAGAAGUUAAUGGAGAUGAAGUACCGGUUAAUCGUCUAUCGAGUGUGGAGUUCACCUACAGCAAAACAAUGGAAAUUGAAUGUUCGACGCACAGAAAAAUCGAUGUUGGGCUUCCGCCUCACGUGAGAACACAAGUUAAUUCUCGAGAUGUGAGGAAGUGGCCUCAGAGGCUCGGGAGGACCGUAUCGUUUUUUCGCCGAUCUCUCAAAUUUUCGCUUAAUGCGAAGACCAGACUCCUCAAUACUAUUCUACAAGCCAAGGAGGCAUCACUAGACAUCUCCAGGCAUUCUGUCCCAAGAUCUAUCCGAUGGUAUCUAGUAGGGAAGAAGGAAAGACUUACUAGUACUCACAUAAGCGCCCUGCGUAAGACCGUUCGCAGGGGGGUGGUCUAA